AUGAAAUUAAAAUUAAUUUUUUCUUUAUUUUUAGUAUUGGUUUUUUGUUCACUAUUCGUUUUUGGUGAUGAAAAUGAAACCGAAGGUCAAGAAAGUAGAAUUGAUUGUAGAUUAGUACGUUGUAUGGCUGCAAAUUGUACCGAAGGUCAAGUACCAUAUAAAAAGAAAGGUGAAUGUUGUGAAAGUUGUAUGUUAGAUUGUAGUUUGGUAGAUUGUUAUACUCCAAAAUGUAAAAAGGGUUACUAUUUGAAAAAACCAGAAGGUCAAUGUUGUCAAAUUUGUCAAAGAGAAUGCAGUGCAAUUCAAUGUGGAAUUCCAAAAUGUGCACCAGGAUAUAUUUCACAAGUACCAGUUGGUGAAUGUUGUCCAACAUGUGUAAAGAAACCAGUUAAUCCUUGUGCAUUAGUACUUUGUCCAAUUGUUGAUUGUAUGAUUGGAUGGGUCCCUUAUAAACCAGAGGGUGAAUGUUGCACAAAAUGUAAACAAGAUUGUACCACUGUAAAAUGUGCAAUGCCAGUAUGUGAAGAUGGUGCAACCCCAACAAAGAACCCAAAUGAGUGUUGCUACAAAUGUCCACCAGUAAAUUGUGCAGCUGUUCAAUGUCUUGUUCCAAAAUGUAAUGCCAACGAGUCACUUUACACUCCACCAGAGAGAUGUUGUCCAAUUUGUAGACCAAACCCAACAUUAGAUUGCACAAAUACUUUAUGUCCAAUAGUAGAUUGUAUGAUUGGAUGGGUACCUUAUAAACCAGAAGGUGAAUGUUGUGAUAGAUGUAAACAAGACUGCACCCUUGUAAAAUGUGCCAUGCCAGUAUGUGAAGAUGGUUCCAAACCAAUCAAAAACCCAAAUGAAUGUUGCUACAAAUGUCCAGCAGUUGAUUGCAGUACCGUUAGAUGUAUGAGACCAUUGUGUAAUGAAAAUGAACAUCUUUACACACCACCAGGAAAAUGUUGUCCAAUUUGUAGACCAAAUCCAAAUUGCACCGACGCCAUAUGUCCAGCAUGUGUAGGUCACAUUGAACCAGGUCAAUGUUGUCCAACUUGUGAUACAAUUCCAGUUGGACCAGAUUGUACCACUGUAAAAUGUGCCAUGCCAGUUUGUGAAGAUGGUGCAAAACCAACAAAGAAUCCAAAUGAGUGUUGCUACAAAUGUCCACCAGUAAAUUGUGCAGCUGUUCAAUGUCCUGUUCCAAAAUGUAAUGCCAACGAGUCACUUUACACUCCACCAGAGAGAUGUUGUCCAAUUUGUAGACCAAACCCAGAUUGUACUGGAAUUAUGUGCCCAGAAUGUGUUGGUACAAAAUUACCAGGUCAAUGUUGCCCAACAUGUGACUCUAUACCAGUUGAAAUGGCUUAA